CAUUCUUUGUGUCUUCUCGCGAGAGUCAAACGCCACUGCCCGAAUCCAGCUGGUACGGCUAAAAGAGGCCACCUAAGCAUUGCGUCGUGUCGUGACUGGAGAAGCUCUGUAGCAGUGAGUUGAGGUCUGACCAGCCAGCCAGUCACCAGCCAGUCAACCAGCCAGCCAGCCAACCACCAGCCAGUCAGUUACCAUGGGGAACAUCUUUGGCAACCUGCUGAAGAGCCUGUUAGGGAAGAAAGAGAUGAGGAUCCUGAUGGUGGGGCUGGACGCUGCAGGGAAGACCACCAUCCUAUACAAACUGAAGCUGGGAGAGAUAGUCACCACCAUCCCCACUAUCGGGUUUAACGUGGAGACGGUUGAGUAUAAGAACAUCAGUUUCACGGUGUGGGACGUGGGUGGCCAGGACAAGAUCAGGCCGCUGUGGAGACACUACUUCCAGAACACACAGGGUCUGAUCUUCGUGGUGGACAGUAAUGAUCGUGAGCGGGUGAAUGAGGCUCGAGAGGAGCUGAUGCGGAUGCUGGCUGAGGAUGAGCUACGAGACGCCGUGCUUCUUAUCUUCGCUAACAAACAGGACCUGCCCAAUGCCAUGAACGCAGCAGAGAUCACAGACAAGCUGGGGCUCCACUCCCUACGUCACCGCAACUGGUACAUCCAGGCCACCUGCGCCACCAGCGGAGACGGCCUGUACGAGGGCCUCGACUGGCUGGCCAAUCAGCUGAAGAACAAGAAGUGAGUGGACCAAUCAGAGGAGAGUGAGGAGAAACCUAAGUGUCAGCUCUUGAAUCAAAAAGUGGUAGUUGGUUUUAGUUGAUCCAUUAAGUGAAAAAUCCUGACAUGGUGGGAGUGAAAUGUGAUUGGUGUGUAGGAAGGGGACUUAGAGAGAAUAUCCCUAUUGCUUGAGGAUCCAUAUCCCCAUUCCUUGAGAACAUUUUCAGCCUGUUGUCAACUAUUACAAAUGGUUAGCGCUGUCCAGCUGCGGGCCAUCAAUGUCAAUACAUUAACCUUAAUAAUAACAUUUAAAAAGUAUUUAGCAACACCAUUUAUUUAUGUAUUAUUUAUUUCAGAAUGGACAAUGGCAAUGUUAGUUUGGUUUGGAACACAGUAUUAUGCAUGGCCAUACAGUAAAAGAUCUCUUGGAAAUGAA